UUCAAAUUUCAAAGUAUUUGUUAUGGAGUGGUGGGACAAGAAUCCCAAUAAAGAGUUGAAAGAGGGGAACGAAAAUGCUACAUUUAUCGGAAACUACGAAGGUUACACGGGGGAGGAAACAGCGGAACAAGCUGCUGCAAUUCACAUGGAUAACCUGAUUUCCAACAAAAAAGCAUGUUCGGAUCAAGAUUAUUAUCUCAAAGGUUAUUGGCCAAACGUCCAAGGCGCAUAUUUUUCAGGAAUCAAGUCCAAGCAGUUGUCAAAAAUAAAGCACAAGAAAGCUGUCGUCCGUCGACACACCAUCAAUGACCUUUGCGUCACACAGAAGCUUAAUUUCGCUGGGAAAGAUGAAAGUGACCAAAAUUGUGAACAAGAUGAAGCAUAAUACUCGUCUAGCUCCAUACACGUCAUCCAAACCGUUUGGGAAAUUGGAUAACUUGGCGCAUAACCUACCUAGUAGCACCCAGCUAUAUAAGUUUGAUGGAAAAUGUAAACCUUGGACGUGCAAAGUCUGCUCUGCACAAUUUCGCCACAAACGUUCGUUUGUAACACACACUCGUAACCAUACAAUACAGCUUGAUUACACUUGCAUGAAAUGCAACAAAGUUGUACAUGCACGAAGCAAUUUGAGAAAACACCUCAAGGUUAGUCAUGGAGGAGGGAUGAUAAAGUGUCAAAAUUGUCCAUGUGAAUUCAAAAGUAAAAUCGGUUUAGGAAUUCACAAAGGGAAGUGCACUAAUGUGGGAAGAAACUGGAAACCAAUCGAGGCUGAUGAAGCUAGUAGCAGUGGGAAGAUAAUAAACGAGAAACCCAGUCAAAAGUUGAAGUGUCAAGGAAAUGUCGCUAAGGACGGUCCCAACCAAGAGGACGAAACGUCUCUCGAAUCCCAAUUAUUAAAACAGAAGACACGAAUCACAGAACUCGAGGACGAAUUGCAGUCAAAGGAAGCUGAGUUGUCGGAUGAACGAAAAAUUAGAAUUGCAGCCACUAAUGAUCGUCAAAAGAUAAGUCGUCAAUUGGCGUUAGAAAGGAGGAACUCGACUGAUUUAAAACGUCAAUUGGACGUGAUAAUCAAAAAGAUGGUGUCGUCAGAACGUGAACGAAGCCAGGUGCGACAUGCACCCCUUGCCAAUGUUCAAAACAUUCAACUGAGUAAACCUCAUUUUUAGUCGCUUAACUAAUAAAAUCCAUUGAUAGCUAUACAGACCUAUCAUAUAUUUCUAUUGUUUGUUACUCAUA